GAUGAUGAAUUUAGUUGACAGUUGACACAUGGUUGACACUGACAGUUCAAAGUUGACGUGUCAAAAUUUUAAGGUUUGAUUUGUCUCCACGUCAAUACCUACUUAACAUACCCAAUAAAUAGGUGAAUAUUUGUGAUAUUAAUGAAAUAAAUACAUGGAAUGUGUUAAAAAUCAAACAAUUUACCGUCUACGAACAAUUUUUGACCGCUCUUAAGUGAUAUUUAGCGGAAGAACACCUUGAAAAUGUUAACGAAAUUCGAAACCAAAUCUGCUAGGGUAAAAGGGCUGUCUUUUCACCCCAAAAGACCUUGGAUUUUGGCAAGUUUGCAUAACGGGUGUAUCCAGUUAUGGGACUACCGUAUGUGCACCCUUUUGGAAAAGUUUGACGAGCAUGAUGGACCUGUGAGAGGGAUAUGUUUUCAUAGUCAACAACCUCUAUUUGUAUCAGGUGGUGAUGAUUAUAAGAUAAAGGUGUGGAACUACAAGCAAAAACGAUGUAUUUUUACGUUAUUGGGUCAUUUAGAUUACAUUCGUACCACAAUGUUCCAUCAUGAGUAUCCUUGGAUUGUGUCUGCAUCUGAUGAUCAGACUAUAAGAAUUUGGAAUUGGCAAUCAAGGACUUGCAUUUGUGUCCUCACAGGUCACAAUCAUUAUGUCAUGUGUGCUACAUUCCAUCCAACUGAUGAUUUAUUAGUUUCUGCUUCAUUGGAUUCUACAGUUAGGGUCUGGGAUAUUUCAGGUCUGCGUAAGAAGAAUGUAGCUCCAGGACCUGCAGGUCUUGAAGAGCAUCUCAAAAAUCCUGGUUCAACUGAUUUAUUUGGACAAGCUGAUGCUGUAGUUAAGCAUGUUUUAGAGGGACAUGACCGUGGUGUAAACUGGGCUUCAUUUCAUCCUACACUUCCUUUAAUAGCCUCUGGGGCAGACGAUAGGCAAAUCAAACUGUGGAGAAUGAAUGAUUCGAAAGCUUGGGAGGUGGAUACAUGCAGGGGACACUACAAUAAUGUCUCUUGCGUAUUAUUCCAUCCCAGACAAGAGCUGCUACUAUCAAAUGGUGAAGAUAGGAGUAUCAGGGUUUGGGAUAUGGCUAAAAGGACGUGUUUGCAUACUUUUAGAAGGGAACAUGAACGUUUUUGGGUCAUGACCAGUCAUCCUAAUCUGAAUUUAUUCGCUGCUGGACAUGAUGGUGGAAUGGUCAUCUUCAAGCUAGAAAGAGAACGCCCAGCUUAUACGGUACACGGCAACCUGCUGUACUACGUAAAAGAACGGUUUUUGAGAAAACUCGACUUUACCACGUCCAAAGACGUGCCCGUUAUGCAAAUCAGGGGCGGAGGUAAAAUUCCGGUAUACAGAAUGUCUUUUAAUCCCGCAGAAAAUGCCGUUCUACUUUCGACGCGCACUUCCAAUUUGGAUAACAGCACUUACGAUCUGUACAUGAUUCCCAAAGAUCAAGAACGCGAAGAUCACGUUCCAGAGGCAGAAAGUAAGAGAUCCUCUGGUUUGACGGCUCUUUGGGUGGCGAGAAACCGUUUCGCUGUCUUAGAUAGGACCCACCAAUUGAUCAUCAAGAAUUUAAAGAACGAAGUCACCAAAAAGGUCCAAACUCCCACGUGCGAUGAAGUUUUUUAUGCCGGCACCGGCAUGCUACUGCUUAGAGAUUCGGAACACGUAACGUUGUUCGACGUACAACAGAAAAGGACUUUGGCUCAAGUUAAAAUAAAUAAAUGCAGAUACGUGGUCUGGUCAUCGGAUAUGUCGCACUUGGCGCUUCUCUCCAAACAUAAUGUGACAGUUUGUAAUAGAAAAUUAGACGUCCUGUGCUCUUUACACGAAAAUACUCGAGUAAAAUCAGGAGCUUGGGACGAUAGCGGUGUAUUUAUCUAUACUACCAGCAAUCACAUCAAGUAUACCCUUAAAAACGGCGAUCACGGAAUCAUCAGAACACUCGAUCUUCCUAUAUACAUAACUAGAGUGAGGGGAAGUCAAGUGUUUUGCUUGGAUAGGGAAUGCAAGCCGCGUCUAUUGGUCAUCGAUCCAACCGAAUACAAAUUCAAACUGGCUUUAAUCAACCACAAAUACGAAGAAGUCUUGUACAUGGUUAGAAAUUCGCGAUUGGUUGGUCAGAGCAUCAUUUCUUACUUGCAACAAAAAGGUUAUCCUGAGGUGGCGUUGCAUUUCGUCAAAGACGACAAGACGCGAUUCACGUUGGCUCUGGAGUGCGGCAACAUCGAGAUAGCUUUGGAGGCGGCUAAAGCGCUCAACGAUAAGAAUUGUUGGGAUCAGCUGGCACAAGCAGCGCUGUGGCAGGGCAAUCAUCAAGUCGUCGAAAUGUGCUACCAACGCACCAAGAGUUUCGAGAAAUUGUCUUUCCUGUAUUUGAUCACCGGCAAUUUGGAAAAGUUGAGAAAAAUGAUGAAAAUCGCCGAAAUUCGCAAGGCCAGGUCGUCUCAAUACCACGCUGCGCUUUUAUUGGGCGAUCUUGAGGAAAGAGUGAAGGUCUUGAAGGCCUCGAACCAGCUGUCUUUGGCAUAUUUGACAGCCGCCACCCAUGGAAUGAGAGAAGAAGCCGAUCAGUUAAAAGAACAAAUAGGAGACACGAAAAAGGUACCGGAUGUGGAUCCGAACGCCAAAUUCUUGAAACCCCCACCGCCGAUACAGCAAGCCGAGUCCAACUGGCCUUUGUUGACUGUUAGCAGGAGCUUCUUCGAAAACACCGCAGCGGUAGCCACAGCUUCAGCCAACAUGAAAUCUUUAAUGGCCGAACCGAUAUCCGACGUAGCAAUGGAGGAAGCCCAAGGUUGGGGCGAUGAUGACGAGCUGGAGCUCGAUCCCGACGAGAAGAAACCCGACACUGCGGCCGCCGGUGGUGACGGUGAAGCUGGUUGGGACGUCGAAGACGAAGGAUUGGAAAUACCCGAUUUAGGACCGACGGCAACGGCCGAAGUCGAGGGUAAUUUCGUCCAUCUACCCACACCAGGUCCGUCUCCGCCUUUAACUUGGACUAAAAACUCUCAACUGGUGGCCGAUCACGUAGCGGCAGGUUCUUUCGAAUCGGCUGCUAGAUUGCUUCACGAUCAGCUGGGCGUGGUAGAUUUCAAGCCUUUCGAAAGUCUCUUCUUGAACCUCUACAGCACGUCCAAGACAGUUUCUUCUUGGCAACAAAACGUGCCGCCUUCGUUCAGUUAUCCUUUGAGGAAUUGGAAGGAGGCGAAUAUCAAGAAUCAAUUGCCUGCUUCCGGGGUCAAAUUGAACGAUUUGGUCGCUAAAUUACAGAUCUGUUAUCAAUUGACGACGGGCGGAAAGUUCACGGAGGCCAUCGAAAAACUACAAACUCUGCUGUUGUCCGUCAGCCUUUUGGUCGUCGACAACAAACAGGAGAUUACGGAAGCCCAGCAAUUGCUGAGAAUAGCCAGCGAGUACAUUUGCGGACUGCAAAUGGAAACUUUGCGCAAAACCAUGCCGAAAACGUCGCCUGAAGAGCAGAAACGUCAGUGCGAGAUGGCCGCUUACUUCACGCACUGCAAAUUACAGCCCAUCCAUCAAAUCCUGACCCUCAGGACCGCUUUGAACAUGUUUUUCAAGCUCAAAAACUAUAAAACCGCAGCUUCGUUCGCCAAAAGACUUCUGGAACUGGGUCCUAGACCGGAAGUCGCGCAGCAGGCUAGGAAAAUCCUGCAGGCCUGCGAUUCCAAUCUGACGGACGAUAUUCAACUGCAUUACGACGAGCACAAUCCAUUCAAUUUGUGCGGUCAUUCGUACACGCCGAUAUACAGGGGCAAAGCGGAGGAGAAGUGUCCGUUGUGCGGUACCAGCUACUUGCCUAAAUUCAAAGGAGUUUUGUGUAAUAUUUGUAAGGUAGCUGAGGUCGGUAAGGAUACGAUUGGAUUGAGAAUAAGUACCCACCAG